AUGCCACGCGCCAUCCGAGGCGUCCUCGUCGAGUGCGAUCCCUCCAUCAAAUCAAUCAUUGUCAACAUUGACUCGUCCAACCACGACUUCAUCAUUGAGGACCUCGACGACCAGCGCGUCGUCGUCAAGGAGAACAUGGUCGGCGAACUCAAGAGGCGCCUCGACGACCGCCUCAAGGAGACGCAGCAGAUUGUCGAGGACUCGGGCUCGGAGUGA